CCCAGCCAGACUGUCGAUAUUUGUAAACAUCGAAGAUGACACUCUCCUUGGCCUGCCCCCUUUCCCCCUGAGAGGUCACAGGUCACCAGAACGGGGAAAUUGGUGCGAGUGAAUUUACAUAUUGGGCAGGGGCAAUUCUGAGGGGUGUAAAAUAAGAAGUGACUCAUCCUGUUGGUUGGUUUUUGUAAUGACACAUUAUUAUUUACAAACCGGAAUGAGACUUGGUUCGAUAGUCAUCGUCAAAAAAGUUCGUCUUUUAUAAAAUGUGGAAAAAUAUGUCUUUCUCUGGGAGGUGAAACCCGAGUGGAUUCAAAAUUGAAUGUAUUGUGCGAAUCAGAAUCAUUCCAGCGUCAAGCUAGCUGUAUCCAACCGGUGUUUUAUUUUUAGUUCAUUUCGUUUAUUUUCAAUAAUUAAAACUUAUUGUUGAGGGAGUUUUGAUAUGAUGCAAAAGUUUGCAAAAAUGUGAACAAAACAUUGCUGGUUAUGGUUUAGUGAUUGUGGUGGUGUAUGUUAAGGAAAGUCCGCAGGUUCCUUCCUAACACUAAUUUUUAUAAACAUCACGGCCGGGAUCACUAUAUUUGAGCUAGAUUUUAGAGAAACAUUUAAAAUCGAGUGAAAUAUGCCUUCGGGAGGAUCUGUUACAAUGACGAAAGAAAUAAGUGAAGGGAUUAAGGCUCUGCUGGGCAAGCACGUGCGAAUUCUCAUGAAAUGUGCCGUAAAGAUGGAGUCAAAGGGUGACAAAACCGAAAACCGGAUUCUUGUGUUUUGUCCAUGUCGGCUGUUCUGCCUCAAAGUUCCUCCUCGAAUCGAUUUCCACUUUCACUACUUGGAAAUUCAAGCCAUAGAGAGCCGAAAGAAUAACCAGCUGGUCCUGACUGCAAAUGACAAGAGUCACAGUUUUGUGAUACCUGAUCCCGAAAAAGUGGAGAUUAUUGACAAAAUGAUUGUAACUUUGUUGACUGCAUUAAACGAAACAUUUCCAGGAGUUCCACUUUAUAAUUUAGUCCGUAAGAUUGACGUGUUUCCGACUCAAAGACUUCAACACCUGGACAUCUCAUUUGAUGGGGGCAGUAGUGGGAGUGGUGGGAGCAUCAGCGGUGGUCUGACUUCUGCCAGCUCAACCCCCAUGCCAUACCCCAAGUCCAAGAGCACCUCGUCUCUUGAAGACAACGCAAAUUCAACAAGCACCACCAAUUUAGUCAGCUCAGCUAGUUCAACAUCCGGUUCCAAUCUUUUACUCUUCGGGUCCAGCUUUGUGGUUCCAGGGUCGGUGGGGCCUUGUGGCGGAUUCUCUACUCAAUAUGCGUGGAUGUGCGAUUUGUUGGGCCUGCCUUAUCGGGAAGAAGUUUCGUGGGACGUAGACACGAUAUAUUUGUCUCAUGACUCAAGAGAACUUUGCCUCAACGAUUUUGAUCAUUUGGAGCCCCGAGAUCUGACUCCAAUCCUCAGCGCACUGGAGUACAACAACUGGUUCAAGUCACUGAAAGGCAGCCAUGUAAAACUAUCUCACGAAGCAAUGGACAAAUUUCUUCACAUUGUCCGAAAAUCUGUGACUAUUGAAGAACUUCACUUUGAGAAUAUUGGAGCCAAAACGGACUUUGCUCAAAAGUUAUCAGCAGCUUUGAGUCAUAAUACGAAUAGCCAAGUCCACACCAUAGACCUCUCGCACAAUAUGAUUGAAGACAAAGGUGCUAUUCACUUGAGCAGUCCUCUAGCCAAAUUAUGUCGCGGUCCAGUCUGGUUGAACUUGUCAUCUUGUGGCCUUUCUGCAAAAGGCGUCGCUCAACUGGCCCAUGCGCUUGCUCUUAAUCGGUGUGCACCAAAUAGCUUGACCCAUCUUAAUCUAGCCGGAAAUUCGUUGAAAGAUGACAUUAAUAAUCUAUGCAAUUUUUUGGCGACCCAAAAUUCCAUAACUUACCUUGAUCUCUCGGGGACGGACUGCAACCUCGAAACAGUAUUUGGAGCUCUCCUUCGAGGAUGUACAUCACAUCUUGCUCACUUGAAUUUAUCCCGGAAUAAUUUUUCGACAAAGAAGGGGAAAGAAAUUCCUCCUUCAUUUAAACAGUUCCUUACGAGUAAUCUGGCUUUGAAAAAUUUGGCUUUAUCCUCCUGCAAACUGUCGUUGGACGCAUUGAAACAACUUUUGCUCGGCCUAGCAUGCAACGAAAACACUGCCGAAUUAGAGUUGGACAUCAGCAGCAAUGGCAUGGGAGCACAAGGAGCACAUGUUCUAGAAUCCUGUCUACACGGAAUAAAAUGUCUUGCUAGUCUCGACAUCAGUGAUAACAAUUUGGAUGGAGAUUUGGCCGGAGUGAUAACAGCAGCGAUGAAGAACAAGUCACUAAAACACCUAAAUCUGGGUCGGAAUCUGCAGUCUACAAAAGCAAAACAUGUUGCCCAAGUCAUGGAAGCUAUCGUGCAAAUGCUUCAGGAAGACGAUUGCGUCCUUCAAACCAUUAGCCUAGCAGAUUCAAAAUUGAAAGGGGAGCUUUUUGGAGUAAUUAAUGCCAUUGGGAGUAAUCAAACGCUUCAAAAUAUUGAUAUAAGCGGAAACCAGUGUGGAGACGUGGGUGCAAGGCUUUUAGCAAAAGCUCUGCAAAUAAACUCGAAACUUCGAUGCAUCACUUAUGACAAGAACAACAUCACAUUACAAGGAUUUUCAGAUAUCGCUUACGGUCUUGAAAGUAAUAUGAGCGUCCGAUACAUCCCUUUUCCAGUGCAUGACGUCCUUCCAUGCAUGAAAGUAUCAGGAGCCGAAAAAACCGAAUCUGUGAUGAAGCGUAUCCAAGAUUUAAUUUAUAGAAAUUCACAACCACAGAAUAAGACAUCCUCGGGCCAUCAAUUCCGACUUCAGCAGGGUUUCCUACUAAGUUCUGCCCAACAAACGGUGGACAAGUUGAUUAGUCAAACUCAAGACGGUGUGAAACUACUCAAGAAAAAUGAACAAAACUCCCCUUCUGACAGCAACUAUGUGGAUGUCAUCAAUCACGCUGAAACCCUUAUCCAGAAUUCGGAACGAGCAAAACAGUUACUGGCAAAUCUUCACGAACUGAUUGAGCAGAAGGGGGAAGCUGGCAAAGUUAUUGAGAGCAAGUUACAAUCGAUGUCCGACGACUUACAUUCUGUGCUCUUACAACAUAUUCAGAAAAAUAUUGACACGGUUUUGGAAUUGGGUGAGGAAAGGUGUCCAAAUUUGAUGGGGGAUGAGGACCUGAAACAAGAGAUUAGAGAAGGAUGCAUAGAAAGGGCCGGCGUGUCCUCUGAAUUUGUGAAACACUGUGUAAUGGACAUUGCUGGAGCUGAUAUCAUCAACAAGUUGAAUGAAGUGAACUUGGCUGUAGCUGCGCACAUCAGUGAUAAACUGGUUGACCGUGCGAUUGACUCUCUUAUGAAAUGCCAUAAGCAAUUGAAUGACGCGAGCAGGAAAAGGUCUUCAACACCGGAUGUUUUAAAAAACAGGCUACGAACAAGUCCGAGUGAUCUAUCAUCAAAAGAGAUGGCUGAUGCUGCAGUUGCAGUUAGCGAAGGAAAUCUUCAAUUUACGGAUCAGUCCCCAAUGGGUUUGUUCAUAAAGUAUCUUACUUGUCUUAUUUUCCCGGAUGCUACCAAACAGAAAUUGGAUUAUCUAAAUCUCGCAACGCCGCAGAUGCAGGCUAAACGUAAAACUCAUACUCAUAGCCGUCGCAUGAGACCUAAAUCUGUUGUUGAUUGCGUUGAGGGACUUUCUGCAGACGACAUUCCAGAUUUGUUGCCCAGUCUUCCAAAAACCAUUGAAGAAACCAUCUCACAACUUCAAGAUUUACCACCAAUAUCCCCCCAGCAGUUGAAACAUUUGGGGAAGGCUCGCCCCAAGAAACCAAAGACAAGAGCACCAACUCGACCUUCAGUGCGACCACCAACUGACCUUAUUGAAGAGGAAUCCUCAGAUCGACACGUUGGAAUAGAGACAUUCUUUAGACCCGGCUCUGCAACGCCAAUUGUCACCCCGGAUUCUGAUGAAUGCAGCACAUCCUUAAUGAUAUCCUUGACAAGUGAGACCGACACCAGCAUUCAGUCUCCCACCCAUUCCUCGCGAACGUUCAAAGCUGAUGCCGAUGACAAUAACUCUGACCGCACAAGUCCAGGGUCUUUUGACUCUUGCAGUAUCGCAAGUAAACUUUCACUGGAUGCAGUUACUCGUUCAAAGUCCACAGAUUGUUUAGAGAAAAAGAACAAUUUGCUCACCCCAGGAGCUGGCUCAACCUCCGUCUCACCAGUUGGUGAUGAAACUACCUCUUCUAGCACCGUCGCAGAUGGACAAAAAUCUCCGGUACAGCGAAUUGGAGUGUCUGUUGUAGGAUCCAAUGUCUUGGCCGAGAUGAAGGCCAAACAGGAGAAGCGAACUUCUGGCCUCUUCUCAUCUAACUCCAACAGUAUUUCGAACAAAUUUAAAAACUCUGAAGACAAGGAAAGUGUGACUGUGACUCACUCAUCGCUAAAAACUGAAAAUAAAUCCAGUACAAUUGUCAACGUGAAUAUGAACAGCACUUUAAGUGGUAGUGGUGGUACGGUGACAAAUUCUUCUAGUAGCGUUAGUGCUAGCAAAACUGAAUCCUCGAACUCUGUUGUGAGCAAAACUAAAGAACACUUUUCCGGAAAUAAGAAUUCUAUUGUGGCCAAUGCUGCUGCAGCCCUCAAUGCCAAUGCUGCCAGUAAUGUUAAUAAAAGACCUCCCCCCGUAGCACCCAAGCCCCGGCCGUGGUCUGUGGUUGGUUCAGAUCGUCGUUCAGGGGAGUUCUCGUUAAGUGACGGAUCAAGUCCUCUUGGUUCAAAUGCUAAUACACCGGAAUCUGGAGAACUACUGGACGACCAUGGAGUGGUUGGUGGCAAAGUUUCACCAAUGUCUCACAACAACACUUCCUCCGAACCCAUGUCACUCCCACCUAAUGUGACUACAGCGAAAUUGUCCUCCUCGCCAAGUAAUCAAACUAUGAACCGUAGCUUGAAUAGUAGUAUCAACUCUACGAACAACAACAGUAGGGGUAGUACGGGUGGUGGUAGCCCUGGAUCAAAUUCAAAUUCCAACUCGAAUGAGGAAAUCAGUCGGGCUGGAAUCUCUCCAGUGUCCCUCCCGGUUUUAAGAGCUGUUGGGACUGAGAAACGAUCCUCAGUCAAGGAGUUGGCAGGCAUUAUGGCAGCCUCAUUAGCACGACAAAGUCAAAGUCAGAACCAAAACCAGGCGGAUGAGCCGAAGAAGAAGGCUGAUUCUUUGCCCAGAAAUGUACCACCUCCCAGUUCCAACAAUAGCACGGUAGAGAACCAAGAUUUCAACCGAGCGAGAGUUCAAGAAUGGUCGAGGCAUCAUUCCAUCAGUGAAGUCUGGAAAGUUCCUCUUAGGAAAUUUUCCGCUGAGAAACCCGUAGCAAAGCCGUGGGGUCCAAAUAACGACCAGAAAUCCCCAACAAAUUCAGAUUCGUCUUUUGGAAUCGGCAGAUCUCUCAGGAAAGUUUCAAAUGAUGAAGACGUAGUCAAUGUAUGAAUGAAUACAGUACACAACCUACUUACCUAUACGUACCCUAAUCAAUCUUCAUGCUAGCGAACAAAACUGCAUAAUAUUAUGCCCACAUCGCCAAACAAUUGUGUUAUUACUACUUUGUUCAACCGCAUCGAAUAUAUAUAAGUUAAAAAUUCCUUUGAUAUGGAUAAUUUUGAUUAGUUAUAUAUUUCUCGCAACUUUGAAAAUAUUCUACACAUAUGUACCGCUCCAUCUACUUUAUCUUGUAAUGUUAUUAAAUAUUAUGUUUGUGUAUAUAAUAAUUAUUAACCGUGUUUUGUUUCGCCGCGUGUCGUGGUAUCUACUGAUUCGUUUGUGUUAUUUUUGUUCUAAUGUGAUAAGUUGUCAAAAGUCUACCUACAUAGCAUCAGUUGUUCUGUCGAGGCGUGCGUGCAAUGAAUUUGACUUGUGUAGUUAUGUAUGUAACCUUUCUGUACCUUCUUGGAUUGACGAGAGUGAAUAUACGUUCAGUUGAAUCAAAAAUUAGACACUACCAAUAAUACACCUUAUGAGGGAUAGAACGGAACGAUUUCAGUGUAUUUUAUUAUCAUUUACUAAAAUCAAUACUGCUUCAGCAUGCUGAUGAGCAAUAUAUGUAGAAUUUGUUUAUAAGGUCUUCGGAUUUACAUAUUAUAUAUACGCGUGUUUUUGACAACAAAUUAUGACGCUAGGAAUGCGUACCAUGCAACAUACACUAUUAUUAUCAUCUUAUCCUGUUAAAUUUACCCCAUUUUAAUUUGUCGUACCAUUAUAAAAUAAUAUACAUAUAUAUAUCCAAUUACCAUUUUCAAGCUUGUCUCACAUCCAGUCAGAAAAAAAGUAUAUUGUAAGGACAUCGCAUGAACAACAAGUAAAAGAAAUUAUUUAACAACA